GUCAUUGCCGCGCGACACCAGUCUCUGAGCCACGUGGGGAGGUGAUGUAAACAACUGCAGUGCGAGUCUCCUCCGCCGCCAGUUUCUUAUUUCCGAGAUCUGCCCUUAAAAGUGAGCGAGACGAGUACACACUGCCGCGGCUUUCUUGCAGAUCAUGCCCCACGACCCCGACCCUCCUCCGGCCAAGCGAUUCAAGCCGGGGUCUCCCUUCUUUCGCCUCGAUAAGAAGCCCGGCAUGCUCCUGCCCAGAGCGGGUUACGCGCCGGCCAGCGUGGACGCGCAGAGGAGACAGCUGCCCAUAUACCAGGCGAAAACACAACUGAUCAAUAAACUCAGACAACUGAACAAUGCUGUACUCAUCGGUGAGACGGGCUCAGGUAAAACUACACAGAUACCUCAGUAUCUGUAUGAGGCUGGCAUCGGGCGACAGGGCAUCAUUGCAAUAACACAACCCCGCCGGGUGGCUGCUAUUUCUUUGGCUGGCCGAGUGGCAGAAGAAAAGAAAGUUCAGCCGGGAAAACUGGUGGGCUACACAGUCCGCUUUGAAGACGUCACGUCAUCCGAGACCAAGCUGAAGUUUAUGACAGAUGGCAUGUUGUUAAGAGAAGCUAUAGGUGAUCCGUUAUUACUGCGGUAUACCGUGGUGAUCCUGGAUGAGGCUCAUGAGCGGACUGUACACACUGAUGUGCUGUUCGGUGUAGUGAAAUCUGCCCAGCGCAAACGUACAGAACAAAACAAAAUACCUCUGAAGAUUUUAGUGAUGUCAGCCACCAUGGAUGUGGAUUUGUUCUCUCAGUACUUUAAUAAAUCACCAGUUCUGUAUCUGGAGGGCAGACAGCAUCCCAUUCAGAUCUACUACACCAAGCAACCUCAAUCUGACUAUCUGCAGGCAGCACUGGUGUCUGUUUUUCAAAUUCAUCAGGAAGCUCCUCCGUCCCACGACAUCCUGGUGUUUCUGACGGGGCAGGAGGAGAUUGAAGCGUUGGCACGCACCUGUCGAGACAUCUCGAAACACCUGCCCGAUACCUGCGGACCCAUGACGGUCGUCCCUCUGUACGCCUCACUCCCUCCGACUCAACAGCUCAGGGUCUUUCAUCCUGCGCCUAAGGGUUCAAGGAAAGUUAUUCUGUCAACAAAUAUAGCCGAGACCUCAAUCACCAUCUCUGGUAUUAAAUAUGUCAUCGACACAGGGAUGGUAAAAGCCAAACGCUACAAUCCAGACAGUGGUCUGGAGGUGUUAGCGGUGCAGCGGGUCUCCAAAGCUCAGGCGUGGCAGCGUGCGGGUCGCGCUGGGAGAGAAGACGCAGGUUUCUGUUAUCGUCUUUAUACCGAAGAAGAGUUUGACAACUUUGCCAGCAUGACCGUUCCUGAAAUACAGAGGUGUAAUUUGGCCAGUGUUAUUCUGCAGCUGUUGGCUUUAGGAGUUCCUGAUGUUUUGAACUUUGACUUCAUGUCUAAACCAUCACCUGAGUCGAUGCAGAAGGCAGUGGAACAGCUCGACAUACUGGGGGCCGUUAACAGAAAAGAUGAUCAGGUGUUAUUAACCCCGCUGGGCAAAAAAAUGGCUUCAUUCCCCCUAGAACCUCGCUUCUCAAAAACUCUCCUGAUCUCUCCUGACUUCAGCUGUACUGAAGAGAUUUUGACCAUCAUUUCUUUGCUCUCUGUGGACUCUGUCCUUUACAAUCCUCCCGCUCGAAGAGACGACGUCCUCGCCGUACGCAAGAAAUUCAUUUCCAGUGAGGGCGACCACAUAACCCUUCUAAAUAUCUACAGGGCUUUCAAGAAAGUCAGUGGCAACAAGGAAUGGUGUCGAGAGAACUUUGUCAACAGCAGGAAUAUGGGGCUUGUGUCUGAAGUUCGUGCCCAGCUCCGAGAUAUCUGCAUCAAGAUGAACAUGAAGCUGGAAUCGUCUCAGUCAGACCUGGCGAAUGUCCGUCGCUGUCUGGCUCACGGUUUGUUCACGAACGCCGCGCAGCUGCAGCCGGACGGCAGUUACGUUGCUCUCGACACGCAUCAGUCUGUGGCGAUUCAUCCCUCAUCCGUCCUGUUUCAGGCCAAACCGGCAUAUGUGGUUUUUAAUGAGCUCUUGCACACGUCUCGGUGCUACAUGAGGGAUCUGUGUUUGGUGGAUUCCGAUUGGCUACAGGAGGCAGCGCCAGAGUAUUUUCGCCGUAAGCUUCGUGCUUCCAAGAGUUAACCCUUUAAAGGCGCUGGGAAACUUUAGACUGGAGGACACAUAAUAAUACGUAACAUUUAUUACUCCUGAAUAUUUAUACCGGACUGCAUGAACUUAUUCGACAGAUUUUUCACAAUAUGUAUUUUGUUAAUACAAUAAUGGAGUGGACGUUCUUUGCUUUUGGGGUUUGAAGGAUUGCACUACUUUGUGCAAAUAUGCAACAUGUUUGGCGGUUUUGCUGAAGAGUUUAACUAGUUUGAGAGCUUUAUUAGCUAAAACUUUUCUAUCAGCGAGUCCUUUCUAUUUGCUAUAAAUUUAAAGAUGUCAUGAGUGUUUCUGCAGUACUUUUACAAACUGAUGGAGGUGAAAGUUAGCUUUACUUUGUCUAGAAUGCUUGCUUGUUUCUUACAACUAGUUUCUUACAGGGAUCAUAAGUAUAAAAAUCAUCCCGGUUCAGCAAACUUGUAGAAAGGAUUGCCAGUUUGUACCAGCUAAAUCAGGUUUAAUUUGAUCGGGUGAAGACUAAAACUAAUAUAUCUGAAUGAAACUGCAGUCAGUAUAACCAGGUUUUUAUAUUUUAUCUUCUGUGUAAAAAGAGAAAACCAUUAAGUAAGCACAUUUUAAAGACCAUGCCAUGAAUAUUAAUCUGCAUUCAUACUAAGAAUUGUAAUGUGAACAUUUUUGAAGAUUUCAGAUGUUGGUGCAGCUUUAGUUAAAGGGAUAGUUCACCCAAAAAUGAAACUUCUGUUAUCAGUACAUUUGGAUUCAUCAAUCUGAUUGAUUUUAUUCUGAUUGAAACAAAAAGUGUUUAUGUAAACGUAGCUAUUUAGUCACCCUCAUGUUGUUUUAAACCUGUAUAAAUUUCUCUGCAAAGGAAGAUAUUUUGUAACCAAACCGUUUCUGAGCAACACUCACUUCCAUAGUAUAUUUUUUCUUUCAUAAUAUAUUCUUCUUUUGUGAUUAGCAGAACAAAGACAUUUAUACAGAUCUGUAACAACUUGAGGGUGAGAAAAUAAUGACAGAAUUUCAAUUUUGUGUGAAUUUUUCCUUUAAAUAACUGUUGUGCUUUUACUAGCUGCAGAUGUACAGCUUUAGCGUUUGCUGUUUACUCUUUAGUUUCUAGAUGGAUAUUGUAUGCGUUCUGCUGCGAAACUUGGAAACAUAAGUACUGUAACACUGACUGCAAAAUGUAGAAAUCACUUGACUAGUUUAUUUCAACCUUUUACCAGCCUAUUACCAUUAGAUUCCUACAAAAAGCAACUGUUAGAAAUGUUAGAGAAAAACAAUGUUAUAGCCAUUAGACUAUUAACACAGCAUGUGGAAACAAAGUUAAAGCUGUAAUCUAUUGUAAAACACAUUAUAAGCCCUGUUUUAAACUCCUGUGCCAAGUCCAGUUAUAUGCACAUUGAUGUCUUAUUCAUGCAAUUUUACAGUGGAUAUGUAAAUUUGCAGUAUAUUUCUGUAUUUAUAAUUGUAUUUCAAAAACCGUUGGAAAAUCUGUAAAAUAAAACUGUAAAAUUACAGUUUUUUACAGUGCAGGUGACUUGGCAUUUUGAUCUAGUUUUGAUUGAUUUAUUAUCCAUAAUAAUAAAAUGCAUGCCACUUUGUAUUACAAGUAGCAAAAAAGUAUAUAAUAUGCACACAGGUAUUAUACAAGUAAUACUUCACAAAUCAUAUCCAACACAUCGUGUAUUUUUAGAUGAACAUGAAAUCAGAAGAAUCUGAUCACUCAUGUUUUUAUGAUACGCAGAGCGUACCGGUGCAGAUGUUUAAUGUUAGUACUUAUAUUUUCCAUUACAGCACGAGCAAGAAAGCAUUUUUGUUUGUAAAAGUAAGAAAUGUAUGAAUAUUACAGAAAUCACAGAUUUUUUAUUUAAAAAUUAUUCUGCUUUAUCUCAUUGUUAUUAAUUUGUGAAUGUUAAAAAAGCCAAAGGAAUGUCUUCCUCCUGAUUUGUUUAUAAAAUGUAACCAACCAGAUGUGCCCACUAUAAAUGACACAAUUAAAUACUUCAGAUGCCGUCUUUAAAUAAGGAAAGUGCAAUAAACCUUCUUGACAACCA